AUGAAGCUCACCAACCCUCUCAUCACCACCUUCGCCCUCAGCACCUGCAGCCUGGUCGCCGCUCUCCCCAUGCAGCAGCCCGGCGUUUCCGCACCUUCGAAUCCGCCGAACAAAACCGCGCUUUUACUCUCCCUCGCGGACCUUUACGGUAUCCCCAGCACCGACGUGAACGUUAACGCCGCUUGGCUCGAGGAGCGGGGCGGGGGCGUGCAGCGCGGCCGAGAAGUUGUCGGGAAGCAGUUUCGCGAGGUCGGGAAGAACACCACCAACGCCGCUGAUGCUGCCGAGUUUGUGGGUAGCGGGGUGGCGCAAGGUCAAGUGCGGGAUGGCACUGAUGUCUCGGCGUCUGCUGGCGGCGAAGUCGAGGUUGAGGGGAAGAAGGAGAGGGGCUGGGUUACGUGCUUGUUGAUGGGGUUGUAUGAGGGGUGUUAG